AUGGCCGCCUCACCCGACCAUGUGGCGCACGGCGAGCGCCUGUCGGCCGACAACCGCGACGUCAAGAAGCACAGUUCUGAUGUCGCUGAGAUCGAGCGUGUCAUGUCGACCGACCCGGAGCUCACCAAGUCCCACGCCAACCACGGCCGUCUGGACAAGGAAGUCGCCAAGUACGCCAGCGCCGUCGCUAUCGAGAUCACGCCCGAGGAGAACGCCCGCCUCAAGCGCCUGAUCGACCGCCGCGUCUUGCCCAUCAUGGUUUUCACUUACUUUCUGCAAGCCCUCGACAAGGGCACCAUGAGCUUCGCCAGCAUCAUGGGCAUCAAGGACGACUUGGGUCUGGUUGGCCAACAGUACUCCUGGCUCACCACCUGUAUCUACAUCGCCGUCCUGUUCGUCGAGUACCCCACCAAUUGGAUGAUCCAACGCGUGCCGAUUGCAAAGUACCUCAGUCUCAACGUCAUUCUCUGGUCUGCGACUCUUGCCCUGCACGCCGCUUGCACAAACUUCCCCCAGAUCCUCGCCGUCCGUACCCUGCUCGGUAUCUUCGAGGCCGUCUGUCAGCCGUCCUUCCUGGUCAUGAGUUCCAUGUGGUACAAGCGUGAGGAGCAGGCCGAGACCGUCACUUACUGGUACAUGAUGAACGGCGGCCAGCAGAUCGUCGGUGGCCUUCUCGCCUACUGCUUCACCCUCAUCCCCGAGAGCGCCCCCAUCCACUCCUGGCAGGCUCUCUUCAUCUGCUACGGCAGCGUUUCCGUGCUCUGGGGCAUCUUCGUGCUGUGCUGGCUGCCCGACAGCCCCAUGCGCGCCAAGUGCUUCUCCGAGGACGACAAGCGGCUGAUGAUCGAGCGGGUCCGGUCCAACCAGACGGGUCUGCAGAACAAGACGUUCCGAUGGGACCACGUGCGCGAGGCCUUCACCGACCCGCAGCUGUACUGCUACUGCCUGAUCGCCAUCUGCACGACGCUGCCGACGUCGGGCCUGGGCGCCUUCGCCAACAUCAUCAUCACCGGCUUCAAGUUCACCACCCUCCAGACGCAGCUGCUGUCCAUGGUCCUCGGCGCCUACAUCAUCGUCGUCCUGCUCAGCUCCACCUGGCUCGUCAAGAAGACCCAACAGAACCUCAUCAUCAUGGGCGUCUUUGUGAUUCCCUCCUUCAUCGGCACCAUCGUCCUCCUCUCGGUCCAAAACACGGGCAAGGCCCAACAGGCCGGCCUGCUCAUCUCGUACUACAUCGUGCUCUCCUUCUGGGCGGCGCAGACGCUCGCCAUGUCCAUGAUCUCGCGCAACAUCGCGGGCCAGACCAAGAAGACGGUCAUCGUGGCCGCCAACUUCGUCGCGUGGUCCGUCGGCAACGCCAUCGGCCCGCAGGUCUUCCUCGACUACGACGGGCCGCGCUACUUCAUCGCCUUCGCCACCCACAUGGGCUGCUACGUGCUGCUCGUGCUCGUCAUCGUCUUCCUGCGGUGGUGGCUGGUGCGCGAGAACAGGCGCAAGGACCGGCUGGUCGAGCAGCAGGGCGGGAGCGCGGGCAGGGACGCCGGCUUGGUGCAUGCGUUUGAGGAUUUGACCGACAGGGAGAACGUCAACUUCCGGUACAUGUACUAG